AGAACAAUCCGGCAGCAGUUGGUCUUGAACAGCGCCCAGCCCCCGUCGCCGUAGCUCUGCUUCCGUCACUUCAUGUUGGCGCCAAAUCGUUUUCACCCAGUCGGGGGACUUUGGGUUUUUUUUUUCGGAGGAGCCUGCCGCGGUGCUGCUGCUGUUUUAUUAUCCGCUUAGGGGGGGAUUUUAUUGCUUUCCCCAGUAGCUUGCCGCCGAGGGGGACAUUCGACAAAAUGAUUGGACAGAAAACCAUUCAUUCAUUUUUUUCGCCCGUCUCGAAAAAGAGGGUUUCCAAGGAGUUAAAUGAAACCGAGGGGGAUGCUGAGGACCCGAAAAGGCUGAAGCCCUCGGCGCCGGCGUCGACGCCGCCCGGCCCCGCCACCACGCCUCUGUCUCCGGAGCAGCUGGACAGGAUCGCCCGCAACAAGAGAGCCGCGUUGGAGAAACUCGUUUCGGCUCAGACGCCGCCAGGGUUCGGGGAGGGCUGGAGAAAGGGGCUGUCUGCAGAGUUUGGGAAGCCCUAUUUCAAACAACUGAUGAAUUUUGUCUCUGAAGAGAGGAAACGCCACACGGUGUACCCACCUGCUGAGCACGUCUUCACCUGGACCCAGAUGUGCGACAUCCGAGAUGUCAAAGUGGUGAUCCUUGGCCAGGAUCCAUAUCAUGGUCCUAACCAAGCCCACGGAUUGUGCUUUAGCGUCAAAAGACCAGUGCCUCCUCCGCCCAGUCUGGAGAACAUGUAUAAAGAACUGGCUUCCGACAUUGAAGGCUUCCGGCACCCCGGACACGGAGAUUUGACCGAAUGGGCCAAACAAGGUGUGUUGUUGCUCAACGCUGUGUUGACCGUCCGAGCGCACCAAGCCAACUCCCACAAAGACAAAGGCUGGGAGACCUUCACUGACGCUGUGGUGCAGUGGCUCAGCAACAACCAGGAGGGCCUGGUCUUCAUGCUGUGGGGGUCAUAUGCUCAGAAGAAAGGAGCUGCCAUUAACAGGAAACGCCACCAUGUGCUGCAGGCUGUGCAUCCCUCUCCCUUGUCUGCUCAUCGUGGAUUCUUUGGGUGCAGGCAUUUCUCAAAGGCCAACGAGCUGCUAAAGAAAUCUGGAAAGUCUCCCGUAGACUGGAAGGCACUUUAAGUUGUUAGGCAUGUCAGCAUAACAGCGUGUGACGAUUAACCAUAGACCAAAACCCACCCAUAAGCUUUCUCAGUUUCUGGUUCCAGUAAUAAUGAGCAGUGUUUUUUACUUUUUCUUAUUUUCUUUAUGAAAGAGCUCAUGUUGGCAGUUUGUUCUAUACACUGAAUUUUCCUAAAAGCCUUACCGUUGUGGUGCACAUUUGUAUCUUCUGCGCUUGUCAGUUUCAACGUUGUAAAUAUGUUUUUGUACACUACUGGCCUUUUUAGUUUGUAUGUAAUAAUUUCCCGCUCUUUUCCCCCCCCCACUUUUUAAAAAAACUUUUUUUACUGAAAUGUUG